AUGCACACUGGACAGGUGUAAUGAGCGCUUGUAAAAAUGGCCAUAACAAGCGUUCUAAUCACCUGUAUAUGCACACUGGACAGGUGUAAUGAAUAUAUGUAAAAAUGACCAUAACAAGUGUUCUAAUCACCUGUAAAUGCACACUGGACAGGUGUAAUGAACACAUGUAAAAAUGUCUUUUGACUCCUAAAAAAAGUUUGUGAAAAAUGUUAAUUGCAAGUGUUAAGACGAAUUCCAUGUAGGACUAUCUGAACAUUUUGGCUUUCCAUAGCGCCAAAGAAUUUACGAACGCGCCUUUUGGUUGAGCGGGGUUCCGUUGCCAUGGUGACCAAUAGACAUCAACAACACGACGGUCGACAUGGCAUCUGAGACUAAGUUUUCCUUCAACCUCCUCCCAACCAAGACAUUUUCCUUCCUUCAGGACAAAAGCACACUACAACUACUCAUGAAAUGGUCCAUGCUCGGGCGCAUCUCAGCCCAGGCCUUCAGCUUUGACCAGAACUUCUACCCAUACAACAGCCACGACUUUACUCUGAGUUUCUUCAGAGACCCCUGUGUGCUGACCAACCUCAGGAAGAUGGAGGCUGGAGCCUGGGUUCCUCUGGAUAGUGAGGGCCAGUCCUGGUUACCUGGAUCAACAGAGGGUGAGGUGGUGUGUGUACAGGCAGAGGUAGUGCCGUGCAGUAAGGUCAGUAUGGAGAUGUUUGACCCUCUCUACUCCAGUGGAAUCAUCACAUCCUCUGGACACAUCAACAAAUGUUUCCAUGACACACACCCUGACUACGACCUCCUGAGACAGAUGCUGCAGGAGGAUGGCAGUGAGGAGUAUGGAGUGAUGGAGAGGAGAGAGUUCCUGUUCCUAGUGUUUAAACACAUGACUCUGGGAGGAGAGCUGUGUCAGUAUGAAGAUACCAUCAACCCCUACAUAGACACCACCAGAACCAUUUAUAGGGAUCUGGUCAGUGUUCAGAAGAAUCCAGAGAGCAAGGAGAUCAGUGUGGUUUCCACUGUCAUCAAAGUCUCUGCUUUGGAUGCAUCCGGUGUGUGUUACCCAGCCAGAGAAGAAGAGGAUCAGUCAUUCUCCUACCUCAUAGUGGACCCCUUCAGAAGACAUGUCUAUGUGUUCUACCACUGUUAUGGAGUAGGCGCCUUCACACUGUAACAUACACACACACCAAUCCAAUGUUUUGGACAAUCUGGUAGGGGGAGUGAAUGAGUUCCUACUUCAGGAAGAAUGGGGAGAAGCUGAGUUGGUCUAUUGUCUCAGUAAGUGGCCUGCUAGGAUGGACUGUUCCGUCUACAACUACUGUCUGACUGUUCCGUCUACAGCUACUGUCUGACUGUUCCGUCUACAACUACUGUCUGACUGUUCCGUCUACAACUACUGUCUGACUGUUCCGUCUACAACUACUGUCUGACUGUUCCGUCUACAACUACUGUCUGACUGUUCCGUCUACAGCUACUGUCUGACUGUUCCGUCUACAACUACUGUCUGACUGUUCCGUCUACAGCUACUGUCUGACUGUUCCGUCUACAACUACUGUCUGACUGUUCCGUCUACAACUACUGUCUGACUGUUCAGUCUACAACUACUGUCUGACUGUUCCGUCUACAACUACUGUCUGACUGUUCCGUCUACAGCUACUGUCUGACUGUUCCGUCUACAACUACUGUCUGACUGUUCCGUCUACAACUACUGUCUGACUGUUCCGUCUACAGCUACUGUCUGACUGUUCCGUCUACAACUACUGUCUGACUGUUCCGUCUACAACUACUGUCUGAC